UUGCGGAAGUACUACAAACCGAGCGCUUCACAAGUACAACUCCGAGGAGUAGGUCCCUCCUGGAGAGACGGUGUGCGUGCAUGACUGUUCAGGCGGGCAUCUCAACCCAUCGCAAGCUUUCCUCUAGGUGACCUUGGGCUGAGCUCCGUGUGCUUGCUUGGAGAGCUGUUGAUUUACAAUGCAGAUUCACCGGUCCUCGCCUGCCUGCCCCUGCCCCUCCUAAAUUUGGCUGGGAUAUAAUAGGCUGUUUGCUUUCUGAUGCCAACAGUGGCAAUGGCAGAGAGCCCUGCCAUGUGAGAGACAGAGAUAGAGGAGAGGGGGCCAAGGAGGAGCAAACUGUGCAGCUGCUAUUGCUUCUGGUGGCUGAGGAGCACAUCUGUGGGACAGAAUGUCAAUGCUUAACCCUGUCCUGCAGCCCCCAGAGGUGAAGGAGUAUCUAUCCAAGGGUGAGCGCUUCAUCAAAUGGGAUGAUGAAACAGCAAGUGCUUCUCCUGUGAUUCUUCGAGUGGAUCCAAAGGGAUUUUACUUAUACUGGACGAAUCAGAAUAAGGAAAUGGAAAUUUUGGAUAUAACCAGCAUCAGAGAUACCCGAGUGGGGCGAUAUGCCAAAAUUCCCAAGUGCCAGAAGCUCCGAGAGGUUUUUAACUUGGAUUACCCUCACAGCACCUUCCUGCUUAAGACUCUGACUAUUGUAUCUGGCCCUGACAUGGUUGACCUCACUUUCCAUAACUUUGUGUCCUACAAGGAGAAUGUUGGCAAGAGCUGGGCUGAGGAUAUUAUGGCCAUUGUUCGGAAUCCCCUCACAUACAACGCUUCUCGGUACACCUUCCUAGAGAAAAUCCUGGUGAAGCUGAAGAUGCAGCUUAAUGCAGAGGGGAAAAUUCCUGUCAGGAAUAUUUUUCAGAUGUUUCCUGCAGACAGGAAGAGGGUUGAAGCAGCAUUAACCGCUUGUCAUCUUCCAAAGGGCAAGAAUGAUGCCAUCAACCCAGAGGACUUCCCUGAGACAGUGUAUAAAACUUUCCUCAUGAAUCUGUGUCCACGGCCUGAGAUUGAUGAGAUAUUUACCUCACACCAUUUAAAAGCAAAGCCCUACAUGACCAAAGAGCACUUGGCAAAGUUUAUCAACAAGAAGCAGCGAGACUCUCGCCUCAAUGACAUCCUCUUCCCACCAGCCAAACCUGAGCAGGUGCAGAGCCUGAUAGAGAAGUAUGAGCCCAGUGGGAUUAACAUCCAGAGAGGGCAGUUGUCUCCAGAGGGGAUGGUCUGGUUUCUCUGUGGCCCUGAGAACAAUGUGAUAGCACUGGACAAAUUGCAGCUGUACCAGGACAUGACCCAGCCACUCUCACACUACUUCAUCAAUUCAUCACACAACACAUAUUUAACAGCUGGUCAGUUUUCUGGGAUCUCAUCUCCUGAAAUGUAUCGCCAGACGCUGCUGGCUGGCUGCCGCUGCGUGGAGCUGGAUUGCUGGAAGGGCCGUCCCCCGGAUGAGGAGCCAAUCAUCACUCAUGGGUUCACCAUGACAACUGAGAUCCUCUUCAAGGAUGCCAUUGAGGCCAUUGCAGAAAGUGCUUUUAAAACAUCUCUCUACCCUGUCAUCCUGUCCUUUGAGAACCAUGUGGACUCGCCCAAGCAGCAGGCGAAGAUGGCUGAGUACUGCCGAACCAUAUUUGGAGAUAUGCUGCUGACAGAGCCGCUGGAAAAAUACCCACUGAAGCCAGGAGUUCCUCUGCCAAGUCCUAAGGAUCUCUUAGGGAAAAUCUUGAUUAAGAACAAAAAGAACCAAUCUAUAUCUGGGAAGAGGCAGAACUCUCUGAAGAAAGGGAGGAAUGUGGAACCAGAAAUCAUCGAGCAGCCAGCCCCUAUGGAUGCUGAAGUCUGGGCAGGUGAUGGGGCUGAAGAGGAACCGGAGGAAGAGGAUGUACUUCUUGGAAACCUGGAUGAAGAGGAAAUUAAAAAGAUGCAGUCAGAUGAGGGCACUGCUGGUUUGGAAGUGACAGCGUAUGAGGAAAUGUCCAGCCUAGUUAAUUACAUACAGCCUAUCAAAUUUGACUCCUUUGAAGUCUCUGCCCAGAAGAACCGGAGUUACGUCAUCUCUUCCUUCACAGAGCUGAAGGCUUACGAUCUACUAACCAAGUUCCCUACACAGUUUGUAGAAUACAACAAGCGACAGAUGAGCCGGAUUUACCCCAAAGGCACCCGGAUGGACUCCUCUAAUUACAUGCCCCAGAUGUUCUGGAAUGUCGGCUGUCAGAUGGUGGCACUGAACUUCCAGACCAUGGAUGUCCCUAUGCAGCAGAACAUGGCUCUGUUUGAGUUCAAUGGCCAGUGUGGCUAUCUGCUCAAGCAUGAAUUCAUGCGGCGUCCAGACAAGCAGUUUGACCCCUUCUCUGUGGACCGCAUGGACGUGGUGGUGGCAAGUACCCUGUCUGUCACGAUACUCUCUGGUCAGUUCCUCUCAGACCGCAGUGUGAAGACAUAUGUGGAAGUAGAGCUGUUCGGGUUGCCAAGGGACACAAAACGCAAAUACAGAACCAAACUGACCUCCACUGCUAAUUCCAUUAACCCUGUGUGGAAAGAGGAGGCUUUUGUUUUUGAAAAGAUCAUGAUGCCUGAGUUGGCGUCUCUCAAAAUUGCGGCUUGGGAGGAAGGAGGGAAGUUCAUUGGUCAUCGUGUCAUUCCUGUUAUUGCAGUGCAUUCAGGCUAUCACCAUGUUUGUCUCCGCAGUGAAAGUAACAUGCCACUCACCAUGCCUUCUCUAUUUGUGUACCUGGAAAUAAAGGACUAUGUUCCUGAUGCUUGGGCAGAUCUGACUAUUGCUCUCUCCAACCCCAUUAAGUUCUUCAGUCUGCAAGACAAAAGAUCAGUUCAGCUAAAAGAUGGCUCGGUGGAGAGGCUUGGCACACAGAGGAACUUCCCAUCUGCUGAAACUAACGGGAUACCAGACUCCACUGGGAAAUUCAGCACUCCUCUUUCUAAUGGUCCUGCAGGAGCAGCGGCAUUUGCCAAGGACGAAAAUGUGAUAGAAGUGAUGCAGAUUGCAGAGCCUCAGACGGCCAGCCUCAUAGAACUGCAGCAGAUGAAGCUGUUUCUGAAGCUGCUGAAGAAACAGGAGAAGGAACUGAGGGAGUUGGAGCGGAAAGGAAGUAAACGGAGGGAGGAGCUGCUGCAGAAAUACUCUGUACUCUUUUCAGACCCUGUCUGCUAUGGAUGCAAGAAAAGGAUGAUACACACUAGGAAGACACAGAAGAAGAGGAGUUUGACAACAGGUGAUGUUGGUACAUGUGCAAAUCCUGUAGAAAUGGCUGAAAGCAUCGAUAGCCGAAUUUUGGAACUGAGAGAGAGGCUGGAGAUGGACCUCAUCCACCUGGGAGAGGAACACCAUGAUGGGAUUCGAAGAAAGAAAGAGCAGCAUGCAACAGAGCAAGUUACCAAGAUAAUAGAGCUAGCCAGAGAGAAGCAGACAGCUGAGCUGAAGGCACUGAAGGAGUCAUCAGAAAGCAACAUUAAAGACAUUAAGAAGAAGCUGGAGGCAAAGAGAGUGGACCGAAUCCAAACCAUGAUGAGGAAUACAAGUGACAAGGCUGCUCAGGAGAGGUUGAAGAAAGAAAUUAAUAACUCUCACAUUCAGGAAGUGGUGCAAACAAUCAAACUGGUGACACAAAAGACAGCCAGGUAUCAGCAGAAACUGGAAGAGAAGCAGGCAGACAAUCUGAGAACAAUCAAGGAGAAAGAAAGUCAGCUCCAGCAGGAGGCACUGGCAGAGUAUGAGGAGAAAUUGAAAAUGCUGAAUAUGGAGGUGCAGGAGAUGGUGAAGAACUACGUGAAACCAGGCUUUCCUGGAGAGCCAGAGAUGCAGAAGGAAGCAGUUCAGAGCGUUCCUGAGGGAGAACAAGGGUCUACAGAACAACUGAAAGACAAGAUCCCAGUGGCAGAGGUGUCAAGGCUCACAAUAGCCGUGCCUGAGCCCCCAGGAGCUGAAACAGAUGUUGAGAUUGAAGAAAGCAUAUUCUGAGAGAUGCUUGCCUUACUGUUCCACUUCAAGAAGGUUUAUGGAGAUAUAUAGUGAAGUUAAAGACUACCUUGACAGACUACUCUCCACUCUGGGGAACUCCUGAAAUCCUUCAGGAAUUUACUACUUCAUUAUGCUAGAUACUGGAAGUAGUCUGAAGAGAUCACCCUUCAGAGAGCGCUUCGUGCUCUUUGUCUUCCACAGCCUUAGCACUAAGGUAUUUAAGCAGCAUGAAAGGGCCUGUGCCUGAAGACAAGCUGGUUGUUGGCAUUCACAGCAGCAUCUACAUUAAUAUUUUAGUCUGGAUUUAGACUUCAGUUUUGAGAGUAAGUUCCCUCAUCAUUUGUCACACGCAUCUCUUCACAUCAGUGUGGUCUCAGAGCUAGAUCCCUUUGAACAAAGUUUAACUGAGAGACACUCUCCAGUAGCCCACCUAAUAUGCUCCUACCAGCUGAGAGCUAGCCCAGAAUAAAGCCUCCUGAAAUACCUGUAAGUGUGGGUGCAGGUGCUCAGCAAAAAACUGUUGUCUUCUAAAGCACCAUUCCUUCUGGCAACACUACCUGCUAAUGUAGACACAGCCUCUGGUUAUAGGAGGAAAGGUCAGUUUGAUAGAACCUCAUACCAUUUUUGUCAGCAUACCACUUUCUUGCACAACUAGUGUUGGCUUUUUAAUUGGGCCCCCUGCCCCAGUCAGACAAGGACAGUUUUCAGUACAUUGGUAUUCAUACAACAUAAACCAGCAUUUCCUUCUGUGGAAAUGUGCAUUACCAGCAUUGUAGCUUUUCUUCUUUCUUUCCUUCUUUCUAACCUCCCCUUAUUCCCAGGGGCUGAUUCUCACUCCUGAUUCUAACUUCAACUCUCACAGGCCUUCAGCCAAGUUCUCAGAUCUGGAUCCAUAUCUCCUGAAGACCCUGCCAGGCUUGAGCAGGCUCCCUGGGCAAUUGUAAGGCAGACUAUGAGGAGUCAAAGAGCCUCAUCAUGUGUUCCAGCUACCACAAAAAGUGGAGUUCUUGUCUACAACAAUCUGACAUUUUUAGAGCUUCACUGAAACUUUUUCUUGUGAAGCUAAAUUAGUUCCAUAUAAUGGGCUUAGGGUAACAACAGUUAACAAAAUUUCUAAACUGUUUGAAAAUAAUUUUGUUGCUCAAAUAAAGAGCCAGCCAGUUACAUUGCCCAUAAGAUUCCCUUAUGCAGAAAGCUGAGUACAGCUCAUAAGAAAACACAUUGAAUUAUCCAUUCAGGUAGCAGAAAGCAGUUCUCUGGAGCUUCUUUUACAUGCUGCCAUCCCCGUUAAUGACAACAGAGGGCUCAGCAGUGAGCUGUGGAAUCUGUUCCUUGCUGCUGGAAAAACCAAACUCCUCAAAGAUCCAUGUUCUUUCAGACCUUGAGGGGAAGACUACACACUACUCCUGCUGUUUGUUUGCUUUCCCUUUGCAGGAGUGCUGCACACGUCUUCCCUCAGCUUUAGUCACUUCCCAUUUCAUGAAAUACGUGCACCUGUAACUAACAGCAGUUCCCCACUUUGGUGACAUAACAGGUACAUCUCAUUCCACAGCCUAAUUGAAGGAAAAUGGCCCAGCCAUAUGACUUCAAAGGGCAAACAGUCCUCAGCCUCUUUUAGUCCUAGCACAUACUUGCUGCUGUCUUCACUAACACAUAACACAAAAACCUUCCAGCAGAACACACCUGGAGGUCCAGAUUCCCAUUAUCUUGGUCCUGUCUUGCAACAGAAAAAGGGUAGGUUCUUCCUGGCCAUCUUUACGCUCCCACUUUCUAGGACAGCAAAGCCUUAUUUUUGUGAAUGCAGAACUUACACCAGUGCCACCUGCCACCUCACAUACUUUCUCACCUGUUGUAUGACCUUGUGCACUGAACAGCUUUGACACAGCAAGUUCUCACUCAUCCAGCAGGAAGGAAGUGGAAACAUAUGGUCCAACUCUUUUCCUAGCACCAUUUAAGACAGACUUUGCUUAUGGAUCCUAAAAAAGCAGGAAAUAGCAAUAAUUCAGUACAGAUCAGCCACAUCCUGACCUUCCUCAUAUCAUGCCCUGAAAUAAUGUUAGCCCAAGAAUUGGAGUUUGGCCUGCCAAAGUAUACACGCACCAGGUCACAGGGACCCUGUGAAAUUAGGCACUUGUGGUCACCAGAUGUCACGAGUGGAGGGGGGGAACUGACCUGACACCCCCCCCCCCCCCCCCCC